GUGUGUGGGUUAAAACAGGAUAAAGAAAGGAGAAAUAAAUAAAAGUGCGGGUUUUUGUUUGACAGGAACCAGUCGGGGCUCAGGUUUCCUUUAAUUUGGAUGUAUAAAAUUCAAGUGCCGAGAGAGGGCUUUUGAGCUGCGUUUCGGCCGAUAAUAUUGAGGUAAAAUGUCAAGGGAGGAAAGCCGAAUAGUUUGGGGUUGAAAAGGUUUUUUUUGGGGGGUGAAGGAGAAGGGAAAGGGGGUUUGGUUAGGAAGGAGAGAGGCAGCGAAGAGAGGGCGAAGGUUAUUUUUAAGUGAGUGGGAGAGAGAGGGGGUUUGGGGCCGGUUUCGCAAAGAAGGAGCGAAAAGAGCGGAAGGAAGGAAGGAAAAUCUUUUUUUUUUUUAAAAAAAACUCCCAACGUCCUUCGGUCUUGAGCUGUGGAAGUGAGAGGGAACGCGUGAAAGAGAAAAGGCUUCAAGGUUGGCUGCGGGGCCCGUGACCGCGGCGGCGGUGAGAGACGGCGGUUUUACAGUGAGGGGAGAGGAGAGGAAAGACCACACGGGGGCAGUUUGUUUGGUCGCCGGUGCGGUGUCAGAUGGAUGUUUUGGUCGCUGGUGGGAGUGAAGAGGGUGGGGGGGCGGUGUGGGCAGAUACCGGGGGAGAGCUGGAGAGACUGAAGGCUGAGUUACGGCGGCUGAGCGCCGAGCUACAGGAAGCCAGUGAGCAGAAGGUGCGGGCGGCGGAGUGCGGGCUGGCCGUGCUGGAGGAGAAGCUGUGUCUGAAGCAACGUUACUGUGAGCUGGAGCAGCAACAUGAAAGCACCAAACAGGAGCUCGAGCACCUCAAACAGGCCUUUGCAGAAGCUUACAGCAAUCACAAGAAGGUGGCGGCCGAUGGGGAGACGCGUGAGGAGACGUUGUUGCGAGAUUCUGCCAAGAAGGAGGCCUUGCUGGUGACCAAGGUGAUGGAGCUGCAGGCCGAGGGCAGGCAGGCCAAGCUGGUGGUCACCAACGCCGUGUCUGAUAUCGAGUGUGUGCAUGGCGAGCUCCAGGAACUCAGGAAGAAAAACGAGCAGGUGGAGCUGGAGAAGAGCCACCUACGACAGGAGAUCAAGGAGCUGAAGGUGAGGGAGAGUCAGCACCUCCAGGACUGUGUGGACCUGGAGGAGGAGAACAUUUCCUUACAGAAGCAGGUGUCUACACUGAAGGAGAGCCAGGUGGAGCUUGAGGGACUGAAGCAUGAGAUCAAGCAGAGAGAAGAGGAGAUUGAGAUCCUGAACGGGCAGCUGGAGGCAGUGACACGGCUGAGGGAAAUCGGGGAACAGCAUCUGGACGAAGCUCUGGAGACGCUGAAGACUGAGCGAGAGCAGAAGAACAGCCUCCGCAAGGAGCUCUCGGCCUUCCUCAACAGCAACGACUCACUCAGCAGUGUCCACAUCAACCUGGAGGAGUGGAGGUUUGAAGAGAGUGUGAGCCAGGAUGAGCUGGACAGCGGCUAUAACCAUGAGGGUUUGAGAGUGUCCACUCCGCAGGCCGGCCAGACCUUCCACCCUGCUCCCAGCCUGGUGUCUGACCUGCUCACUGAGCUCAACCUGUCUGAGGUGCACAAGCUCAGGCAGCAACUGCAACAGGUGGAAGCAGAGAAGACCUCCCUGGUGUCUGCUGUUCAGGACCUACAGGGGCAGCUCGAGAGAGAGCAGCGAGACAAGGCCGAGAAGCUGGCACAGUGUGCUGAGACACAGCUGCUCAAUGGUGGGGAGAGGCUGGGGACUGAGCAGGCCAGCACUCAGCCCAGCGAGGACUAUGAUGUGGAUGUGAAUGGGCUGGAGGUUGUCCAGUGUAAAUACAGAACUGUGGUGAGAGAGCUCCAGCAGCUAAGGGCAGAACUGGCUGAGCUGCAGGUGAAGUACAUGGAGUGUGAGACCCAGCACCAGGAGGGACACCAGAGACAGCGUCUGGAGUGUGAGGAGCUCCUGGGCAGCCUGGCCAAGCACGCACAGAGUAGCCAGGAGGACAGAGACAGCAUCGCCAGGCUCCACCGGGAGCUCAGAGCGAGCAGCAAGGUGGCCGCCGAGAGCCAGAGCGGCCUGUCGCUAGCUCAGGAGGAGCUGGUAUCACUCAGUGAGGAGCUGGCUAGUCUAUAUCACCACGUGUGUAUGUAUAACAACCUGACCCCCAGCCGCGUCAUGCUGGACCACUUCAGAGGGAGCUCUCCUCAUCGCCGCAAGCGCACCUCCGACCUGUACUGCCGGAGGAUCUUGUCUCCCGAGUCCGUGCCUGAGAGUGGGGGGGACCUCUCUCCUCGCUCGCUCCCUCCCUCCCCCCUCCCCGAGCCCCUGGAGUGCCCCAAGGAGCCGAUGACCAUCCUGAACCUGAGCGCUGUGAUCCGCAGCCAACUCAAACACCUGCAGGUGGUGGUGGAGGUGUCCAGGCAGAGAGCAGCCCUCCAGCUGCUCUCCCCCGAGGUGGAGAAGGACAAACAGGCCCUGGUGGAGGAGGUGCUCAAGCUCAAGUCUCUGCUCAGCACCAAGAGAGAACAGAUCGCCACGCUGCGGACUGUGCUCAAAGCCAACAAACAGACGGCAGAGGUGGCCAUGGCUAACCUGAAGAGUAAAUAUGACAAUGAGAAGACUCUGGUGUCAGAGACGAUGGUGAAGCUGCGUAACGAGCUGAAGGCUCUGAAGGAGGACGCGGCCACUUUCUCCUCCCUACGCUCCAUCUUCGCCAGCAGGUGUGAUCAGUAUGUCACACAGCUGGACGAGAUGCAGAGGCAGUUGGCUGCGGCUGAGGAUGAGAAGAAGACGCUGAACUCGCUGUUACGUAUGGCCAUCCAGCAGAAGCUGGCCCUGACACAGCGCCUGGAGGAGCUGGACUUCAGACCGGAGUCCAGACACUCUCGCAGCAAAGCCAGAGCCAGACCUCUCCGCUACACCCAGCAGCAACAGAAUAUUUGAGUUGGAGGGAUCAGUAAAAUUGGACAACGCCUUAAUCCCAUUGACCUUGUGCCUCCCCAUUGCUGGCCUCCGAGAGAAAAGGAACAAGAAACCGGAGAGCAGAGGGUACGAGAGAAAGAGAGGAAGCAUAGACUGUGUGAGCCAGACUGUUCCUUCCAGGAGCCUUAAGCUCCGCUUCUCCCCAUUCACUAGAAUGAAUGAAAGUUGGCAAAGCUGGGCUCAUUUGGUGAAUGUAUGCACACGUGAAGCAGCCAUUAGGGGAAAACUGUCUGUGUCCAUAGUUUUAGCCCUUUUUCCCCCCUCUCUCUCCGUGUCACUGAUUGCAGUGCGGGCUGUAAUGUCCGUGUGCUUCUCGAGCAAAUCAGCUCCUCCGGUCCUCACUCACUUCUGGUGAGGCAAGUGUUAAACAGCAGAGAGACACUGUGCCGGGUGUCAGCCCACCUAGUGCUCAGGCAGGAGGAGCUCUAAGCUGCAGUGCCACAAUCAGUAAUUUUUAUUGGAUGCACAUUUUGAUUGAAUCUCUGCCCCGUGUGCCUGUCUGGGUAUUCCCACCCGAACACGACACUUUAUAAACCCCAUCCGUGCCUUUAGCAUCUGCCUGACGUGCUGAGCGACCUCACACACAGGGCUGUGUUGCGUUUCCUCCCCAAGAAAAGAACGAAUGUCAAGCUUCCUGAUUGUCCCGGUCACCGCGGCCUGAUCAGGGUUAGAGGCUUUGCCCGUCUGCCCGGGUAUCAAACCCGGGUCCUCUGGCUGUGAGGCGAGCGCUAACCACUCAAAUGAGUUGUGAGGUGAAGGAGUCAGUGUUGCUCUAUACUGUAAAAUCUCUGCCCCUCCGUGGCAGAGUGAAGCCAAGCGAUCACACUGUGCCUUUAUUUAGUGGUUCCAACCUUUACAGCGAUGAUUUCAGGCUGUGAGAAGGCACACACUCGCUCACACUCGCACACACGCUCACACUCGCACACACGCUCGCACUCGCACACACGCUCGCACUCGCACACACGCUCACACUCACGCUCGCUCACACUCGCACACACGCUCACACUCGCACACACGCUCACACUCGCACACACUCUCACACUCGCACACACACUCACAUGCACACACACAGGCCCGUGCAGCACAAAAGCCUUUUUAUAUGUAUAUUUCCCUCCACCUCCCAGACUGGACCCCAAACCCCAUAGCUCAGUCAAGACCUUAUGUGUUCACCGUAACCGGAUCUGUGCUUUACACCAGAUCUCUGUCCAUCACUGAAACAAAACAACAAGCUCGGAGUCAUUGCUGUCCCUGAAAUCUCGGCAGCUCCAUAUCCCUACUGGUCAGACCAGCACGGUCGUUCCUCUCUCCUCUCUGCAAACAGACAGCGAGCAUUAAACUCUAACCCUGCUCACAGGUGCCUUAACUGUAGCUGCAGAUUCCUCGCUUGGUGUUCACCCUCCCCGGGAUGUAGAGGCCUGGAUUCUGUCAGUUCUCACUGUUAUAUCCGUGUAACCCACAAAGCAGGACAGUAGCUGCUUUAGUCUGGGUUGUCUGACCGAUCCCCUCCUCAUUGCCCGCGACAGAGAUGAACCGUGAUUCGGCAAUGCUGAGACUUUGUCAGUAAAGAAGCAGAAAAAUUUGCCUUUGUUGGAUCAGCCUCCAGGACUCGCAAGAUCCUGUCAGCUCCUGAACCCAACUUAUUAGAGAAGAUAUUUAUUUCAAGAGGAAGGCCGUCCAAUGUGUUUGGUCAGUUUUGUUCGAGGAGAGGGAGACUCGGAACGGGUUGAGUCGCUCGUCCUCGCGUCUCCAAGUCAAGACAGUCGUGGGUUUGAGCCCCACCCACAUGUGGGGGAGUUUGAGCUCACAGUCCAGGCUGGGGGGGGGGGGGGGGGGGCAGAGAGAGAGAGCGCCACAUGGACCUUCCGCCGCAUGGAGGCGCCGUCUUUCACUUGAGACAUUAAACUCAGCUCCUGUGGGGGUUUUGGAGGCGGAUGUUAAAGAUCUGACAACAGUUCUGAUGGCUGAGAUCGAGUAUGGAGUGUGUGUGUGUGUGAGAGAAACUGGGGGACACUGUGAGAGGGGUAAUCCCUUGUGUGUGUGUGUGAGAGAGAGAGAGAGAGAGAGACUGGGGGGGGACACUGUGAGAGGGGUAAUCCCUUGCGUGUGGCUGUGUGUUAGACAGUAACCCUGGAAUCCUCACGGCCAGUCUGCACUACAGCAGAACCUUUUUAAAUAUUCUUUAUCAUUGCGGUCAAUCACUGCCAUAUUCUUUAUACAAUUAUGUCAUCUCGCCUUUGGAGAACUGACAAGCGGUUCAUUUCUAAUAGGGAAGAAAGAGGCAGAGAGAAGGUGCCAUGUGUGUGUGUGUGUGUGUGUGUGUGUAUCUCUCUUGACACAAGCAAUGAAAACCAAUAAAUAUCUUCUUUAAAAAAAAA